AUGGCUUCAGUUGAUGAUGUCGAUGGAGGAGAAACCUUUGAUGAAGAAGCAGAAGAGAGAGAUGAAUGUGAAAUCGAGCACCUGCUCAACGAGUUCGUCGACGAGCCUUCCAUUCGCCAUGAUCAGAUUCCUGAGAGUGAUGACGAGGAAGAGAAAGGCUGCAAGAAGAAACCACCAGAGGUAACUCACAUCAAACGCGGUGAUGGAAGCUUGUACAAAAAACAUACAUUCGUAAACGGGGUUGGUUUCAAAGAUUGUGUUCUAAACUACGCUCUUAAGACAGGUCACAAUAUCCAACAGUACAUGUAUGAUAAGGAUAAAAUUGGCUUUAAGUGUGUGGGUUCUAAUGAGGGAGGAAGCUGUGAAUGGAAAAUAUAUGCUUCAGUUCUGUCUAGUGAUAAUGUGUGGAAAGUGAGAGUGUUUGUUGAGAAUCAUUCGUGUGUGCCUAAUGGAGAGUGUUCGAUGCUGAAGGUUCCUCAAAUAGCUAGAUUGUUUGUUGAUAAAAUCAGAGAAGAGCCGGAUUAUUACAUGCCAAUGAAGAUUGAACAACUGGUUCUUGAGAAAUGGGGGAUCACAGUGUCAAGGGCUCAGUGUCAAGCUGCUAGAACUAAGGCGCUGAAGUGGAUUGAGUUUGAGUAUGAUCAUCAGUUCGCUCGUCUUCGAGAUUAUGCAGCUGAGAUACUUGAAUCAAACAAAGACUCUACUGUGGUGAUUGAGACUUUGAAAAAUACAUAUGGAAAAGAUGAGUUCAACAGGUUCUACAUUUGUUUCGACAACAUAAGAAGGACAUGGAAGGAGACAUGUAGACCUUUGCUUGGAGUUGAUGGAUGCUUCGUUAAACACAAGAUCAAAGGACAAGUGUUGGUGGCAUUAGGAAGAGACGCAGAUAAUGCCAUAUAUCCAGUGGCAUGGGGUGUAGUUCAAGUUGAGAAUACAGAUAAUUGGUUAUGGUUUGUGAGAAUGAUAAGGGAAGACUUAGGACUUGAUGAUGGCGAUGGGUUUGUUAUCGUGUCUGAUCGCCAAAAGGGUUUGAUAGCUGCAGUUAAGGAGGAAUUGCCUAAGGUAGAGCAUAGGAAGUGUGUGAGACACAUCUAUGAGAAUCUGAAGAAAAAACAUGGAAGUAAAAGCGACAUGAAGUCUUAUUUAUGGAGCUUAGCAUGGAGUUACAACGAAGCAGAAUAUAAGGAAAGGCUGGAUAGGAUUUUGAAUUACGAUGUUGGUGUAUAUGAUGAUGUAAUGAAGACAAAUCCGAAGUCUUGGUGUAGAGCAUACCACAGGUUGGGGCCGUAUUGUGAAGAUGUGGAAAACAAUUCCACGGAGUCUUUCAAUAACACCAUUGGAAAGGCAAGGGAACUGCCAUUUGUCCCUAUGUUCGAGACAAUAAGAAGACUUGCCAUGGCUCGGAUUGCAAAACGAUCGGCAAUCUCUCAUGCUCACAAAGGGAUUUGUACACCAUAUGCGACUGAGUUUCUUAAAGUAGAGAAGAAGAAAGCUACUGAAUGCACAAUUACAAGAAGCACCAACGGAAUGUAUGAAGCAAAGUUGGGUGGAUGUACUCACCGUGUCAGCUCGGAUAGAUGGACUUGCACGUGUAUGAAGUUUGAGAUUUGUGGUAUUCCCUGUGAGCAUGCCUAUGGAGUCAUUCUCCAUAAGAAGCUUAAGGCUGAGGACUUCGUAUGUAAGUGGUUCAGAACGUCUAUGUGGAGAAGAAACUAUACUGAUUGCCUUAUUCCAGUGAGAGGUGCUCGAUUUUGGCCUCAAACGAGUGCUCCGGACGUUCAUAUUCCACCUGAUCCAGACCAACCGGGGAGGAAGAAGCUGCCUAAAGCUGAGAAGAAAAGAAAGAAACCGGCUAAUGAGUCUCCAACCAAGAAGCAACCAAAACAUAAAAAGAGAAUAAUGCACUGCGAAGUCGAUAAAUGA